AUAAUGAAAAACCAUACUUCAAUAACAACAUUCAUCUUGUUGGGACUAACAGAAGACCCACAGCUGCAAGUUCUGGUUUUUAUUUUCUUAUCUCUUACUUACAUGAUGAGCAUUACUGGAAACAUGACAAUAAUCAUUCUGACUCUGAUCGAUUCUCACCUUAAAACCCCCAUGUAUUUUUUUCUUCGAAAUUUCUCCUUCUUAGAAAUCUCAUUCACAACAGUUUGUAUCCCUAGAUUUCUGUAUAGCAUAUCAACAGGUGAUAACACCAUUACUUAUAAUGCUUGCGCCAGUCAAAUAUUUUUUAUUGGACUUUUUGGAGCCACGGAAUUUUUUCUUCUUGCAGCCAUGUCCUAUGAUCGCUAUGUGGCCAUCUGUAAACCACUCCAUUACAUGACAAUUAUGAACAACAGAGUCUGUACCAUUCUUGUUCUUAGCUGCUGGGUUUCUGGAUUGAUAAUCAUCAUCACUCCACUUGGUAUGGGCCUUCAGCUAGAAUUCUGUGACUCCAAUGUCAUUGAUCAUUUUGGCUGUGAUGCAUCUCCACUUUUUAAAAUUUCAUGUACUGAUACUUGGCUCAUAGAACAAAUGGUUAUAAUCUGUGCAGUACUAACAUUCAUCAUUACACUGAUAGCUGUUUCUCUUUCAUAUAUUUAUAUCAUCAGGACAAUUCUACAAUUUCCUUCUGCUUCACAAAGAAAGAAAGCUUUUUCUACGUGUUCAUCCCACAUGAUUGUUGUUUCUAUGACGUAUGGCAGCUGCAUUUUCAUUUACCUCAAACCUUCAGCCAAAGAAGAAGUUGAUAUAAAUAAAGGUGUAUCUGUGCUCACUACAUCUGUUGCCCCAUUGUUGAAUCCCUUCAUUUAUACUUUGAGGAAUAAGCAAGUAAAACAGGCUUUUAAUGAUACGGUUAAAAAAAUGUCACUAUUCUUAAACAAGUACAGCAUAUGUAUUGAAAACAUCAAAUAA